AUGGCCAGCCCUGGGAAGACCGGGGCUGGGGAGGCCCAGGAGGAGGAGGGGUGGGAGCAGGGGCGCACCCCGGGGCCCCCAGCCACGAUGCUGGAGCAGGCCCAAGAGCUGUUCCUGUUGUGCGACAAGGAGGCCAAGGGCUUCAUCACCCGGCACGACCUGCAGGGCCUGCAGAGCGACCUGCCCCUCACUCCCGAACAGCUGGAGGCUGUGUUUGAGAGCCUGGACCAGGCGCACACCGGCUUCCUCACCGCUCGGGAGUUCUGCCUCGGCCUGGGCAAGUUCGUGGGGGUGGAGCCCACCCCCUCCCAGGCUCCAGAGGAGACCUUCGAGUCGGAUGUGAAAGGCGCCGGGGGCUCCGCGGAGGAGGACGAGGAGCUGCUCUGCUCGACGCUGGAGCAGCUGGGGGUGGCCCGGGUCCUGGGCGAGCAGCGGGCAAUUCGGACACUCUGGACCCGGCUGCAGCGUGAGUGGCCGGAACUGCUGGGCUCCUUCGAGGAUGUUCUGAUGCGCGCCUCAGCCUGCCUGGAGGAGGCGGCCAGAGAGCGGGAUGGCCUGGAGCAGGCUCUGCGGCGGCGGGAGAGCGAGCACCAGCGGGAAGUGCGUUGUCUGUACGAGGAGAUGGAGCAGCAGCUUCGCGAGCAGCGCCAGUGCCUGCGGGAUCAGGGCCUCCCCCGGGAGCAGCGGAGAGGCCACUUGGAGCUGGAGCUGCAGAGUCGCGAGCAGGAGCUGGAGCGCGCGGGGCUGCUGCAGCGGGAGCUGGAACAGCAGCUGCAGGCCCGGACCUCCGAGCAGCUGGAGGCGCAGGCGCAGAAUGCGCAGCUGUGGCUGGCCAACGAGGCGCUGCGGACGCAACUGGAGGGCGCGCAGGAGCAGCUCCGCAGACUGGAGGGCGACGCGCAGGGCCGCCGCGAGCAAGCCCAACGAGACGUGGUCGCAGUCUCAAGGAACAUGCGGAAAGAGAAGCUCAGCCUCCUGCGGCAACUGGAGCUCCUCAGGGAGCUGAACACGCGGCUCCGAGACGAGAGGGACGUCUGUGAGGCCCAGCGGCUGGGCAGCGGCCGCAGAAAGGCGCUGAGCUCAGCCCCCCUGCUGGGCGUCCGCUGCUGCUGCUGCUGCAGUAGCUGGGCCCGCCCCCCAGACUCGGCCCCGGCCACCUGCCCAGUGCCCGCUGA